AUGGCACAACUUCUUUACCUGGGCACAGAAACUCUUAAAAGAAAAGUUAGGGGGAGCGGGCGACAAAAUGGCAAGCAGCUCUGGGGGUCGUGGGUUGGUGCCUUUGGCAGGGCUCCAGGAGCUUGUCUGCCUGCCACCUGUCCCAGGAGCCCAGCCAGAACCGGAGGCUUUCUCCUCACCAACAGGGAGUGGGUACAGUGUUCCAUCCUACAUGUUGAGCUCCCCAAGGAUGUGACCAAGCCCACGAUAGCCAUUUCUGAGGAGCCAGACACGUUCUGUCAGCGCCUGUCCGUGUCAGUCAAAGCCCAUGAUAAGGCUGUGUUGGACAGUUCGGAGUUUUUUGCUGUGCUCGCUGCUAAAGAACUUGGCACCUCUGUGAAGGUACAUGAACCGCCAAGGAAAACUGAGCAAUUGGCUCUUCUCAAAUCAGUCCGUAUUUCCAAGAAGCACAGUGUCCAGGACAAAAUGAGAACACUCAGGCGUUUUGAGCAGGAGCAUCGAACUGGAAGGACAGCCGAUGUGUACUUGGAGUACAUCCAGCGCAGCCUCCCCGAAGGGCUCGCCAUGGAAGUCACAAAGACAAAACUGGAACAGUUGCCAGAACACAUCAAGGAGCCCAUCUGGGAAAGUCUGCCAGCCGAGAAAGGAGAAAGCCAGUCAUAAAGCUCGGCCAGGCCCUCGUGCCUGGGCUUGAAGCAAGGCCAGGCCCCGCACACGUGGGUUUCCCUGGGGAGGGCCUCGGCUGCCCCGGUUUGGAGCUGAGCUCCGGGGAGCAGGACAUGUGACUGCAGGGAUCGCAGAGUGAUUGCCUUGCCUGGUGUUGUAGACAUGCCAUGGUGUCACUGACGGAUGUGAGCCAGAAGGAUCAAGUGUUUGCGUCCGUUCAUUCAUCUGGAAGUGUUUGUUCUGUCUGUUGCGUGCUGGAAAUGACUAAAAUGAUUUCGCCCAUCCCGUGAUUCGUUUAUCCCACAAGCUCUCGUGUUGUGUGCUUGGCACCCAGCACUGUAGAAACAGAGCAGACUGGGUAGAAGUCCUGGCUUUUGGAAGUUGCAGGGCACAGACAAAUCUUUUUCCUGAGAUCUUCCUCCGAGAGGGAGCCCUUUUCCUUUUCCUUUCGUGCUGUUCC